AUGGCCGGCGCAAUACUCGAGGAGCUACGCCACAAGGCAGACAUCUACGAGCAGACAGGUCUGAUUUCUGUCAUGGACUACUGCAUCGCAGCUCUCAAGUCUGAUAAGCUCCUGACGGACGACCUCGUUGCCGACCUCAAGGCUGCCGUGGUGCCACUUGAGAAUGUUCCAGCUGACCAGAAAGACUGGCAUCCUGGGUCCAAUAAGCAAGCCCUCGACCUCGUUCAUCCUUCCGUCUGGCCUCUUGUCUACGGCAAGACUCGCAUCUUGCCAAAUGGGCGUGUUGGAAUAGAAGAUGCUCUGGACCACUGCGGCGGUGGCUACGUUAUCCCCGAGCUUCUACCAAUGGAAGCCAAAGAGGGCGAAUACUUCUCGACUAGGUUUCAGUGCCUUCCAUCCGACGUCAGCAUCACACCUGAUGGCAAAGCCAAUAUUGACAGCUAUGUGAACAACGUACACCCAACCCACCAUGCAACGCUAUUCCCUACAUUAAACCGACUGAUUAAAAAGGCUCUGCCGGCCUGGGACGUUCUCUACCGUUGGCCUCAGGAAUUCUCCAUGCAACGCCUCAAAACUGCAUUUUCUGGAGUCAAAUGCCGGACCCGUAAGCUAUGCGAGGUGAACCACAUGUGCAUGCCUGCCAAUCGUCCACUCAACCAGGGCGAAGAGCCUCGCGACGACGACGAGCUGUACGAGGACAGCUACGAAGAAUCAGAACGUGGGAGGCUUGAUAUGGCUUGGUUCAAGUCAACACACACGAUGGAUCUUCCAGAUCCGGACCCAGCCGAGCUGCCUGUACUCAUCGGUCCGAACGACAACGAGCACAUCUGCGCCACCGCCUUGUACUGCUAUGACUCGGAGAACGUGACUCACAGCCGCCUCGACUUCCGCACGCGGGCGAACCGAGAAAGCUUGGCCUUGAACGUUGAGUAUGAGCACAACGACAGCUACGCCAUUCAGCGCACCUUUGCCAUGGAUUUCCUGCCUAGCGCCGGGGCCUCCACCAGCCCUGCCAUUCAGCUCGUCGGCAGUGUCCUCACCCGGCCCGGCCGCGCCCUCUUCUUCCCCAACCUCUACCAACACCGCGUGAGCCCCUGUAAACUCAUCGGCCCGACCAAACCCGGCCACCGCAAAAUCGUCGCCCUCUUCCUCGUCGAUCCCAAGAUCCCCGUCAUCUCCACUGCCAACGUUCCUCCGCAGCGUCAGGAUUGGUGGAAGGGCGUGACGCAGCCGGACUUACCAGUGUCAAAGUUGCCGGCUGAAUUGAUAGAGAUGGUGGCGGACCUGGUAAAUUUCCCGUACGGAAAGAAGGAGGCGGAUAGGAUGAGGGACGAGCUGAUGAAGGAGAGGAGUGCAAGUGUCAAGAAGUUUGAUGCGCAUCUGAACAAUUUUGUAUAUGGCUUCUGCGAGCAUUGA